GGGGGGGGGGGUGCCCACUGUAAAGAAAGGAUUUGGGUGUGUCUAUCCAAAACUACUGGAUGCCCGCAGGUCCCAGAGUGAUGUUAACUAAUUUAGAGGUCUUUGUUCCAUGGUGGGCUUUCUUCCAUGAUUAGUACCUUGCAUUUUUCAGUACUGAACUUUCAGUACUGCAUUUCAGUACUGGACUACAUUUUAUUGCCCAGCUGCUUAUUAACAUGAAAUCCUUCUGCAGCUGUUCAUGUCAUCUUUGGUUAGAUUUAAGCUAAGUAUUUUUGUAUCACUGGUAAAUAUUGCUAGCUUGCUAUUCAUCUCUCUUCUGAGAUUGCUUAUGAAUACGUUGAACAGUACAAGUUAUUUUGGGAACUUAUUUGCUACUCUUCUCUGUACUCUUUUUAUUUCUUUGUUUUAACCAAUUGCAAUUCAUAAGAAACUAAACUUUUCCUCCACAAUGGCAGCAGGGAGGGAUUACAGAAUCACAGAAUCAGUAAGGUUGGAGGGGACCUCUGGAUAGAUGGUUCAUCUAUCAAUUUAGUCCAACCUCCCAAAGAUUUCCUGUUGUUGGUUCCACUGGGGCUUGAACCCAGGACCUUCUGCAUGUAAAGCAGAUGUGAUGACCACUACAUUUUCUUUAAAGUUGCUCAGGGAAGCCCCUGCAAAAUAUUUUUGAGGAAAUUAGAAUGAACUAUCAAUCUUACUGUCCUUGUGCAUAUGAGUCCUUCAAAAAUUCAAGUUUGUGAGGCCCAACUUUCUCUGGUCCUGAUACUUCAUUGUUUUUAUUACUGUGCUAGUAUCCUUAAGCCAGUUCUAGAUUUCAAGCUGAACAAAUCAGAGUGAUACUUUAUUCCCUGAAAUUGGCUGUUCAGCAAUUGCAUUUCAGAGCUCUUAAGUUGAGAACCAUCUUGUCCCAGUGACUUGUUGCCCUCUGAUUUACUGAUAUGUUGUAAAACUUUGUGUUGAUAAUUUUGUUAGAAUCUAGAUUUUUUUUCCCCUCUACCCUUGCUUGAGGUGGCUUUACUUCAGUUUUCUUUUUCUCCUCUAUAAUGCAAGUGUAAGUAUUCAAUAAAUACUUUCUUUUUAAAAAGAAGUAGAAUAAUGUACUCUCUCUGCAUCCCCAUGUAUUUCAACUUACUAAGUGGAAAGUUUAAAGUAUUUUAUCAGGAAUGGGCUUGCUUAAAAAAGAUAAAUAGAUAAAAAUAAUAUUCCCCUGGUUUCUGGGAGUUGCCUGUGGUGAAUUCUGGGCCUCCUAUGUUCCUUUUUACUGAUCUUGGAAUACUGAGAGCACUUAAAUUAAUAAAAUAAUGCAAAUACAGAGUUUGAAUAAGGCACAUUCACCUGAAUUUUUAUGGGAAAUAGGAGAUGAGGUGUGUAUGUGUGUAUUUUCUUGACAGCCAAAGAAAUGUUAAAGAAAUGUUGCAAGAUUUUGUAGGUUUUGUAGGUUUUGUGAUACCUAUAAAUACUACCUUUUUCUUGGUGAAUUUUAACUACCUUCUAAUUUUGCAGACUUCUAUUUUUUUUUUCCCUAGGAAAAGUAGGUAUUUCUCUACCAAACCUAAGGGGUCUCAGAAGAAGCCUCUGUAAAAGAACUGCCUACCUGCCCCCACCCCUAACAAAAUGGUUAACUAAAACCAGGGCACAAAGUGAAAAUCACUGAUAAAUAAGCUAGGUGUGCCUCAUCAUCAUGUUCUGGAAGUUUGAUUUGAACACAACAUCACAUGUGGACAAGCUACUGGAUAAAGAGGAUGUGACACUUCAUGAGCUGAUGGAUGAAGAUGACAUCUUACAGGAGUGCAAGGCUCAGAACCGUAAGCUGCUGGACUUCCUUUGCCAGCAGCACUGCAUGGAGGAGCUGGUCAACCUCAUCACACAUGAGCCCCCUGUGGAUAUGGAUGAGAAAGUCCGCUUCAAAUAUCCAAACACAGCCUGUGAACUGCUGACCUCUGAUGUGCCACAGAUCAAUGACAAGUUAGGAGGAGAUGAAACUUUGCUGAAUAUCCUCUAUGACUUCUUGGAUCAUGAGCCUCCUUUGAACCCUUUGCUUGCCAGUUUCUUCAGCAAGACUAUUGGGAAUCUCAUUGCAAGAAAAACUGAACAGGUGAUUGCGUUUUUAAGGAAAAAAGACAAGUUUAUUAGCCUGGUGCUAAAGCAUAUAGAUACAUCAGCAAUGAUGGACCUCCUGCUUCGUCUAAUCAGCUGUGUGGAGCCAGCAACUCUACGGCAGGAAGUACUAAAUUGGCUUAACGAAGCAAAAAUUAUUCAGAGACUUGUGGAACUGAUCCAUUCAAGCCAGGAUGAGGACAGGCAAUCAAAUGCUUCCCAGACCCUGUGUGAUAUCAUAAGACUGAGCAGAGACCAGAGCAAUCAACUCCAGGAGGUACCUGAGCCUGAUCCACUUCUCACAGCACUGGAAUCGCAGGAAUGUGUAGAGCAACUCCUGAAGAACAUGUUUGAUGGAGAACAGACUGAAAAUUGCAUAGUGAAUGGAACGCAAGUUCUUUUAACAUUGCUGGAAACAAGGCGCUCUGGGGUGGAAGGACUGAUGGACUCAUACACUCAGGGAUUUGAAAGGUCUUACACUGUCAAUAGCAGCAUUUUAUAUGGUAUUGAACCAAGGCUAAAGGAUUUCCACCAGCUGCUGCUCAGCCCUCCCAAGAAAACAGCAAUCCUAACUACAAUUGGUGUCUUGGAGGAGCCACUGGGGAAUGCUCGUCUUCAUGGAUCUCGACUAAUAGCUGCUCUGCUUCACACAAACACUCCCAGUAUUAAUCAGGAACUAUGCAGACUCAGUACCAUGAACUUAUUACUUGACUUAUUUUUUAAAUAUACAUGGAAUAACUUUUUGCAUUUCCAAGUGGAAUUGUCCAUAGCAGCUAUUCUCUCACACUCUGUACAAGAGGGAAAAACUACUACUAAUGACCUAGAAGGCAAAGAAGAAGUGCUGAAUGGAAAUGCGGCCACAGAGAGCGUGGAUACUCCAGAAAAAAACAAUACUGAAAAUAUCAUGGUGACUCAUCUGUUCCAGAAAUGCUGCCUAGUGCAAAGGAUAUUGGAUGCCUGGGAAGCUAAUGACAAAAUACAGGCAGAAGGUGGAAUGAGGCGAGGCAAUAUGGGCCACCUUACACGGAUAGCCAAUGCUGUAGUACAGAACAUGGAGAAGGGCCCCAUGCAAACUCAAAUUAGUGAAUUUAUUAAAGAGCUACCUGAAGAUUGCAGGGGGAGAUGGGAGAGUUUUGUAGAAGAGACACUGACGGAAACAAACAGGAGAAAUACGGUGGAUUUGGUGAGCACUCACCAUCUGCACUCUUCCAGUGAGGAUGAAGACAUUGAGAGUGCUUUUCCCAAUGAACUUUCUCUCCAACAAGCCUUCUCAGAGUACCAGAUCCAGCAGAUGACAGCUAACUUUGUGGAUCAAUUUGGCUUUAAUGAUGAGGAGUUUGCAGACCAGGAUGAUAAUAUCAAUGCUCCUUUUGACAGGAUUGCAGAGAUAAACUUCAAUAUAGAUGCAGAUGAUGACAGUCCCAAUGCUUCCCUCUUUGAAGCCUGUUGCAAUGAACGGAUCCAACAAUUCGAUGAUAAUGAGGAGGAGGAAGAUAUCUGGGAAGAGAAGGAGAUAACCUAUGCAACUCAAGUUAAAUCAAGAACACGGUUUGGAGCAUCUCAGACCUCAGAGAGUUCAUCAAAAAGUGAUCUUGAGAAUGGAGAUCAUGACGGUAGUGUGGACUCAGAAGAAGAGGAGGAAACAGAGCAUCAAUUGCCUCCUUCCUCAGCAAACACCAACAGGAACAAUACUUCUGAGCAGAAAGACUCUGACUCCUCUGAAGGAUCUGGAUGGACAGCUGUGUUUGAGCCAGUGAACUCAAAGCCCCCAGCACCCUGUGUUGCCAUGGAUGUUGGAUCAAGUGUGUGGGAUUCAGCAGCCCCAGAGAACACCAUGCCUGAGGAGAAAGGAUGGGCAAAAUUCACAGACUUCCAACCUUUUUGUUGCUCUGAGUCGGGUCCGCGAUGCAGUUCUCCUGUGGACACAGAAAGCAGUGAUUCAGAUGGAAACCCAAAACAGAGUCAGGACAAGAGCUUCAGUGCUGCCUCACCCUGUGUUUGGAAUGUCUGUGUUACAAGGAAAGCACCGCUAGUGGCUUCAGACAGUAGCUCGUCUGGAGGUUCAGACAGUGAUGAAGAGGACGAUAAAGCUGAUAUUGUCACGGAAACCAUCAGUACAGGCUCAGGCCAGGAGACCAUCAAGCUGACUAUGGAUGCAAAAAAUGAGAAGGCUGUUUUCACCAGCGAUGCAGACUGCAUGGUUAUUGAUAAGCUGACCAUCACUGACAUCGGAACGACAAAAGCAUCCAAACCACUGAAUGCCGCCCAGCACUCUGAGGAACACCCAAACACCGCAGCUGUUGUCACAGCUGGUGCAGAAAUGGCAACAAAAGACAGGAAAGAAGAAGUUUUGCCCUGUGCUGAAGCCACAUUAAAUGGCCCUGCUUGAUGAAACAAAUGCAAUGGGACGUGUGUGAUCCAGGCCAGGCUGCUACCUGGUGAUGCAAUUUGUCAGUUUUUUUUUUUUCAUUUUAAUUUUAUUUUUUAAUAAAUGCUGCAUUGAUGAGAGAGCUGGCAUUCAGGACCAGACAUGCAGUUUCAACACCAACAAUCUGUUCUGAAAGACACUUGCAUUGUCUAAAUGUAGCAUUGAUCAGUUAGUCAUCACAGGAAUGAUGGGAUUCUUCCCAAGCAAGCCUUCUGCCUAAUUUUAGUUCUUUGUCCCCUUCCCUCUUUCCCUUGUUUUUGUUUUGUAUUUGGGGUUCAGUCCUAUUUUCUUAGUGUUAUUGCACACAGUAUUCAGCUUCUCUUCAGAAAGGUAGCAGGUCUAACGCUGGGACUUGGACAGUGCACAAAACGUCCCGCAGUCGUGUGACCAAAGUUCCUGAUGGAGCUGUCUUUGGGCAGCAUUUGCACCGCUUUUGUAUAGCAAUAAAGCCUUAUCAGAAACAUUUCAUAGGAGGAAAAGAUGCAAACACUUUAAAUGGGAUGGAGCAGGGAGGGAUUUUAUUUUAUGUUUCUGUGGGGUGGGAGGGGAGUCAUUGACAUUGUCCCAAGCCAGAGGCCAGAUAGUUAACUUACUGUAAAGCUGAACUCUCUCAAGAAAUGGGAAGUCUCUGCGUUCCAGUGAGUUGCUCAGCGCUGUCUCCUCUGGAGACAUGGCAAUUCACUGCAGGAUCUUGAGUGGUUUAGCAAUUGGUCUCUUCUGUCCGAGCCAUCAAAAUUCAACUUCCCGGAUGUCGUCCUCUGUUGGCUGGAGAGUAUGCAAAGAAGGUAGCAUGUUGUUUGCCAGCUAAGAGGAUAAUGAUCCACUGGACUGCUGCCAUGCAGGAACAAGAGCAGAUAUGGCACAAACAGGUUAUCAGGUGUUUGCUGACUAAUGUAUUUUCAGAUUAGUAUGGAAAUCUGUUUCUGUUUGUUUUUUGUUCUGUUUUUAAAAUUUUUAAUGGAUGCAGGAACAGCAACACUUUUGCACUUUGUACCUAGUGACAACAUUGGAGAAUGAAAUGGCCCCAGCACAGGACUCCUGCUGUUACUCCACAGGUAGUCGAUCAUGGAGAGAUUUUGGGUGGGGACUUAACUGCUCCCAUGGGAUAGUAGAAAACAGUAUGGAGAAAUGGACUGCGCUUCAAACUGCCUGGGAGCAAGGUCAGUUAAAGGUGUGUACUUGACCCUGGAACACAGGAUCUUCUGCAUAGGCUGAAGGACCUACUCCUGUAAAGACUGUAUCAGUUUCAGACACAGGUCUGCACUGAUCUGUGCUGGCCUCUGCAAUGAGCUUGUUCCCAGACUGGACUUGUGCACAUAGGUCAUACGGGUGUAGAUGUUGGGCCACUUGCAGAACCAGGCUCAGACUGGUAACAGCAGAUCGCCAUGAACAGUGCUCAUUCUAUAACCCUGUAGUCUAGAUACAGAGCUGGGCCUGCUUUUGUGUGUAAGCUGUAUGCUGAAAUCCACCUGUCAAAUGUUAAUACCGCUUAUUUUAUUAGUCCAAAAUCUAAGCUGGAAAAUCAUUCACUUUGGAAUAAAAGCAUGAAGCUUGACA